AUGGAUAGGAGAACACACGUUGUUUUUGCUCGUGUGUCUCUAGAGGAGAACACACGUAAAUUUGAUUUGGAAAGUGAAGAAUUAUUAUAUAGACCUCUCUCUUGGAGAAGAAGAACAAACUCCUUUCAGAUGGCCCGUACUAAGCAAACUGCCCGUAAGUCAACGGGAGGAAAGGCUCCUAGGAAGCAACUUGCAACCAAGGCUGCACGGAAAUCUGCCCCGACCACAGGUGGUGUGAAGAAGCCACAUCGAUAUCGUCCUGGUACUGUUGCUCUUCGUGAAAUUAGGAAAUAUCAGAAGAGUACCGAACUUCUGAUCAGGAAGCUCCCCUUCCAGAGGUUGGUUCGUGAAAUCGCACAGGACUUUAAGACUGAUCUGCGUUUCCAGAGCCACGCCGUGCUUGCAUUGCAAGAAGCGGCCGAGGCAUACCUUGUGGGUCUCUUUGAGGACACUAACCUGUGUGCCAUUCAUGCCAAGCGCGUAACAAUUAUGCCUAAGGACAUCCAGCUGGCAAGAAGGAUUCGUGGUGAACGUGCUUGA